AUGUUGUUCUUCCCAUUGAUCAUCGCCAUCUUCAUCUUCUUCCCCUUCUCAUCAUCCUUACCUGAAUAUGACUAUAGAUAUUCAAACUGCACACCCUCGCAGUUCAAGUGUGGAAAUAUCCCACAAAUGAUCAAAUACCCUUUCAAUGCAAAUACAAGACGAGAUUACUGUGGGUACCCAGAAUUUGAUCUUCAAUGCGUGGGAAACCAGAAAGCUACGAUUACGAUUGAAACACAAGACUACCGUGUUCUUGAUAUCAUUACUGAUAACCGAACCAUGAAGAUCGUCAAGAAUGGUUUAUCUGAAGAUUCAAUUUGCACUUCCGGCGGCGGCGGAGGAGUCCUUGUAAACACCACCUUCAAUUACACCAUCUUCAAUUAUGCUUCUGGUUACAUCAAUUUGACUCUAUUCUUCGGUUGCGCUUCCAACUCCUCCGUCAUGGUUAAUGGAAAUCCGAAACCAGUUAAAGUGGGUGAUGUUACUUGCAGCGUCAAUAAUGGGGAGGGUAGUAGUGGCUUAGUUCCAUUUACAGUCGGAUUCGAUGAAGUCCAAGCAGAAGAACUUUCCAUGAAAGGAGGCUGCAACAGAAUUGUCAUCGUUCCUGUUCAUGAAACGAAUGUAGAGGAGAUUCUAUAUAAUUCGUCAGCUCUUGGCACAAUUCUUGUUGGGGGUUUCGUGUUGCAGUGGUUUGCCAUCGUUGAUGGAGACUGUGCGAUGUGCAUGGAAUCGGGUGGGACAUGUGGUUAUAACACCACUUUGGGCAAACCUACUUGCUUUUGCACCGAUCAAGCUUACGAUACUAUGUGUCCCCAACCCCAAGGUACGUAUUACUACGUCCACCUCUUCGUCUCAUUUGCUUCCUAUUCUUCUUCUUAUAUACAUACUAUCUCAGCAAUCCUCAUUCCUCGCCAUGGUUUUAAGAAUCGGGAAUUGAUCGAUUCGGAUCAAAAUCAGCUGUGA